CAACCUAUUCCAAAAAUAAUAAUCUCAAAUAAGGGGGCCAAAUAGGGGCUUUGGAGUCAUAAUGUUGAACUUAAGAAUUUUGAUCCUUACGUUGCAGCUACUAGCCCCCCUAUCAGUGCUUUUGGCAAAGAGGCUAUUGAAAUUAACAGCACCGAAAACAGAAGUUAUUAUCACACUGAAGAUAAGGAUGCUGACUUUAACAAUUGUUCGUACAAGAACUAUGCUGGUUCCAAUGCUUGAGGAUUUGGUGUUUCCUGAGAUAGUGUUCUUCAAAGUGGUACAGAUUAUUAUUCAUCCAAAGAGAUAUCCAGUUCAUAUAAAGAUGCAGAAAGCUUGGUUCUAUGAAGUACAUGGUCCUAAGGAAGUCCUCAAACUAGGAGACUUCCCGAUUCCUUACCCAGGACAAAAUCAGCUUCUUGUCCAAGUUUGUGCUGCUGCUUUGAAUCCUAUUGAUUUCAAGUUGCGCUCUAAUCCCCUGGUCUUUACAGAUUUUCCGGUUGUUCCUGGUUGUGACAUGGCUGGUAUUGUGGUAGCAAAAGGAGAUCAUGUUUCAAGAUUUGAAGUUGGUGACGAGGUUUAUGGAAACAUCCAGAAUUUCAACGCAAAAGGAGAAUUCAAGCAACUUGGAACCUUGGCACAAUUUAUUGUCGUGGAGGAGAAUUUGGUGGCUUCGAAGCCAAACAACCUUUCAUUCGAGGAAGCAGCCAGCUUACCGGUGGCAGUUCAGACGGCAGUGGAAGGCUUCAAAACUGCUGGUUUCAAAGAGGGACAAACAAUCUUUAUAGUAGGCGGAGCUGGUGGUGUUGGAACCCUGGCUGUCCAACUAGCCAAGCAAUUGUACAGAGCUUCUUUGGUGGCGGCAACUACCAGCACUGCCAAGGUGGAGUUCCUAAAAACCUUGGGUGCUGACGAGGUGGUUGAUUACACAAAAACCAGAUACGAGGAAGUCAAGAAGAAAUAUGAUCUCGUUUACGAUACAAUUGGUGAAUCCAAGAAUUCCUAUGUGGUUGCUAAGGAUAGUGCUCCAGUUAUUGAUAUAACAUGGCCUCCAUCAAAUCCUAGAGCAGUGCAUUCAAGUUUGACAGUUUCUGGAGAAAUUUUGGAGAACCUUAGGCCAUGUUUGGAGAGUGGCAAGCUUACAGCAGUUAUUGAUCCGGCUGGUCCAUUCCACUUUUGUGAUGUUAUUAAAGCUUUUGAAUAUUUAGAAACAGGAAGAGCCAGAGGAAAAGUUGUCAUCUCCCCCUUCUCAGUUCCAUAUCUGACCUAUGAAUUUCGUAACUCAAAACUUGUUCCUCAGAGAAGUUUUAUCGGAUACUAGCACAGAUUUGUAUAUAUUUGAUUCAUCUAAGGAAAAGGUUGGACCAUUACACGAUUUGUUCAAGUCUUCCUUGUACAGGAUUAUGCUAAUCUCAUCUUUUCAUUUUA